CCGAACCUUUCAUCGCAACAAAUCGCAAAUAGAGUUUCUCCAAACAUCAUAGGAACUACGAAUUGCAUCUCGUCGGAGCUUCCACAUCUCCGUAACCAAACAUGUCGUCUUCAACGUUCAGCGGCGACGAGACGGCGCCGUUCUUCGGGUUCCUCGGAGCCGCCGCAGCCCUAGUUUUCUCCUGCAUGGGAGCUGCUUAUGGGACCGCAAAGAGUGGGGUGGGCGUGGCGUCCAUGGGAGUGAUGCGGCCCGAGCUGGUGAUGAAAUCCAUUGUUCCGGUGGUUAUGGCCGGAGUCUUGGGGAUUUACGGGUUGAUUAUAGCUGUUAUUAUUAGUACGGGGAUUAACCCCAAGGCAAAGUCUUAUUACUUGUUCGAUGGCUACGCACAUUUGUCGUCGGGUCUUGCUUGUGGGCUGGCUGGUCUCUCGGCUGGAAUGGCCAUUGGAAUUGUGGGUGAUGCGGGAGUUAGGGCUAAUGCACAGCAACCAAAGCUUUUUGUGGGCAUGAUCCUGAUCUUGAUUUUUGCUGAAGCCCUUGCACUCUACGGUCUCAUUGUGGGGAUCAUUCUCUCGUCUCGGGCAGGCCAAUCUCGAGCAGAUUAAAAAAAGAAAAAAAAAAAAAAACACAGCGAGGUAGCUAGGCUUGGAUUUACUGGACUCCUGAAUUCAACUAAUCCGAAGUUUAUGAGUAACAGGCGGGCAGGCUGCCAUGGUCUGUUAAAACUUCAUUGAUAUAUAUAUAUAUAUAUACAUAUACUUUUUUGUUGCAGAAUCAAUUUGUUGUCUGGAUUCUGUGAUGAAUAUGACUGUUUUCUGUAGAUGUCUACUCACUGCCCCUUUGGCUUUGAGAUGACCCUGGUUGUGGGUUGGUUGGUUGUGCCUUGUGGAGGCGGCCUUUGGUUGGUAAUGUUAAAACUUGGGAGUUCAUGUU